UUGGAGGAUUCAUAUCAAACUCAUAAGAGCAUCUCUAAUGCAAAGGGGUCUGAGUCAUGUAGUCGGAGGUCUUAUUGACACCUUUUUUUGUUGUGGGUUAUUGACAGGGAUUUUUUUUUUACCUCCGCCUCUCUCUUUCCCAAGUGAGGCAGAGAGACUUCGACUAUAUCGAUCCAUGAUUCUUCACCUUACCAUUUCCCGCAUCACCAAAACAUCACCGGAGAACUCAACUCAGUAAAAACAACCCUAAACUUACCCGAAAUCAAUAACCUAAUCCUUUUACAGAAUUCAAAUCUAUCUUUGAAUAACCUGAUUUCGCAAACCCUAGAAAUUAGAUUUGGAGGAAGACUCAAGUAGAAACUCUAGAAAAUCUCCACCAUCAUCCGAAUUUAUAUCAUAUUUUUGACUACUGAGGCGCUGGAGAAGUUAACUACCGGAUGUGAUUUGGAAAUGAAAUAGGGUUCUGAUCGUGGUGAGAUGGUGGAGGGAAAUGAAGGAAGGAGUUGGAAGAAAUUAAAUGUGUUCAUCUGUUUGUGGUUUGUACAAGUUUUAAUUUAUUGCAAGGAGCAUAUGAGUAGUGUGGCUCAUUUCUUGGAAUCUCGUGGUAUGCUGAAGGAUGCGCUGGAAGUAGCUACUGAUCAUUUAGCUAUUCAGCUUGGAAGUAGAUGUUGGAAAGGUGCCAUUUUGUCUCUAUCCGCAAGCUCUGCUAGCAGUUUCUGUUCAUUGGAACUUCUCAAUUUCGAUAGACUUCCAGUUGUUGAUGAUUUUGACCCAAGAUCUUUGGUCGCUCCAUCUAUAUGCCACCCACUGGAUUUUCUCUCUCAAGGGAAUAUUAGUUCUAUAAGUUCAUUCCAACACAUACGACAAAUUUAUUAUGGUCCAUUCUCUCUUUUGUUUUGAACUCAAUUUGCUUUUUUUGUCAUUUGUGAAUGAAUAACGAGGUUGUAAUUCACCCUCUAAUGUACUGCUGUAUUUAACUCAUUGUUUUGGUGGAUUGUAAUUUCUUCUGAAGCCUCUA